ACGAAAAAUGGCGGUUGAUCAAAGUAGAACUGUGGAGGUUCUGUUAAAAUUUUCAAUCUCGCAGCUAAACAGCGACUGGGUUCAAGGCAUUUGGGACAAUGACUUCACAGAGUUUGAACCGUUGCCUCCUCUAUAUGAAGCUGCCGUGGAGGAUAUGUUAUGGUCAGACCUCCUCACGGCUGCAACAUCUACAUGUAAGCAGUGGAUACAGAAUGGGAAUGAUGCUAACCAGAGAGGGUUCUGGUUGGUGAUGAGUGACAAUGACGUCUCCCUAAAGGGGCUUGUUGCUGUGCUCUUCUACCUCAUAGAGAGAGGCCACCAGGAGAUUGAGGACAGCGAUGUUCGCUUUAAUGCGAAGCUAAAUGCUAUAGAGGCAGCGGGGCUCUACUGCAUGCUUGUGUCGAUUCCAGGUAGUGGAGCAUUUAAGGUGUUUCAUCCAAUCCUGUAUAGCAGAAUACUCGAUUUGACAAAAAUCUACAGGCAUCCUAUCACGAUAGAUUCACCGGUGAAAAAGCGAAAGCGUAAUGCAGGGAAAAGGAAUGCUAAGCCUAAGAGCAAGAGGAAUGUGCCGACUGCCGCCGUGGUAGAAGAGGAUGAGGAGGAUGCGGAUGCUGAGGAGAUGGACAUCGACGAGGACGACGAAGAUGCUGCAAACACAUCCUACCAGGAGGAGCCACUGAGCAGCGAGCAGACCAGCGCCCUCUGCCGAGAGCUGCUGCAUCUUCUGCGCUGCCUCGUAGUGCUGCUCGAGUGUUAUUCGCUGAAGGAAUGCGACGAAAGCGUCGAGCAGACCAUCCUGCAGGUGGCGCCACUCACCCGCAUCGAAGCCGAGACGUUCCACGGCCGCUUUCGGAUACCGGAAAACUUGGAGUCGGUGCGGAAUCUUCCGCAGCUUGCCUACGUUGCGCUGAUGACGAUCAUGACAUCGAUGCAUGGUCAGCCAGAUGACCUUGUUCGCAGGGUGUACAAGCACCUUAUACCUGGCAUUCUGAUGUUGACUGGCACCAACAGCAGUGCAGUAACUACUCAGACCAUACCAAAACAACUUUUGUCCAUCCGAGAUCAAUGUACUGACUUUGUAUGCUUCCUGAUGAAGCGUGACGAGGCGGCGACGGUGGGAGGCACUCGCAUCCUUCUGCAGCACAUGUGCACGCGCGUGCCAGACAAAGCAGAGUACCGUGCCCGCGCCGCCCACGCCAUCGUCGUCAUCACCACACACCUGCCCCUGCGCGCCUACGCACAAGCUGUCAAGUGGCUGCAGGCGUUCUCCAGGAACGAGAAGAUUGGAUUUCGUGUUUUUGCCAUAGAAGUGGUACUUCUGUUACUCGGGGAGCCAGAGCGACAGCCUGAUGACUCUGUCGGCGUCCAGCUGCUGCCGUAUCUCGAGCACAAGCACCUUGUGCGCCUCAUCCUCGGCCGCUGCUCUGACAAGGCCCCGACCGCGCGCGCCAAGGCGCUCGCCUCGUUCGCCGGCUGCGUCGACUCGACCGACCCGUUCGUGCGCAACGCCGUCAGGGACCUGUUCACUCCGCACCCGGGCCCGCGAGUCGGCGAGGCGCUCGAGAGGACACAAGAAUGCGAGGUGGUGUUACAUGACGUGCUGACGGAAAGCACGGCGGCGACUUCUCUGCAGCCUCCUGUAGGAGUAGUAGCAGCUACGCCAGCCUUAGGACUCGCACCGGCAGGCUCCACAGGGACCAUCCCCUUGGUCACGCCACAGUGCAUGACAAGCGUGAAAGUUAUGGCUGGGCAUGACAUCACGCUGUCCGAUCAUCAGGGUGUUGUGUCAAUGCUGUGUCGCAGGACGGAGGAUGAGAAGUCGGGCGUGCGCAAGGCUGCAAUAAUGGCUCUACAGAACGUUCUGCUGCUUGAUGCUGGAUUCUGCAACCAACAGAAUUUGGCGGUGAUUCACAAGCGCUGCCUGGAUCCGGCGCUGUCCGUGCGCAAGCAAGCUCUCGUCACGCUCUCUGAGCUGCUAGUCAACGCGCCGCCGACCGACGUGCUGCAGAGGAUGUGGUUGGAUGGCGUGCUGCCGAUGGUUAUGGACAGAGAGAGCAGCAUCGAGGAGAAGUGCAUGGAGGUGAUGGAGGAAGUGUUCCUCUCCAACAUAGUGUCUCACGAUCGCACCUGUACGCCCAGCCAUAGACGCGCAUGGAACAUGCUCAACGCCAUGGGAGGUGAACUCGGGCAGGAAUUGAGGCGCUAUCUGCAGAAAUGCUGCCUGUUCUGGACAAAGCAAGGCAAGAUCAAAGCUGCAUUGCUAAAUGCAAUCAAGAGCCACGUGGGAACUGAGAACAACAAGGGCGCAUGGACUCUCCUGGCUGAGUUAGCUCCAGUUGUCAGCAGUUUUGAUGCUGACUUCGCCAUAUCUUACUGGCGGGACAACAGUCGGAAGGACGAGGAUAUCAUCACGCUACAGAAGGUGCUCAAAGUGAUCGCCAGCAUGGCCGGCAAGCUGACAGCUGGCAUGCAGCAGCAGCUGCUGGCGGAGCUGCAUGCCAAGCUGGCAGCGUUCGACAGCCCGCCCGAUCUCGUCUCGGAGAUGAUAGCUGCGCUCUAUCGUAUCUGUGAGGUGCACGGGGAGGAGCGGGGGCGCGCGCUCACGGAGCAGUGGUGCGUUGACCUGCUGCAGGCCUGCAACACGUACCUGUCGGAGGCGAUUCUCAGCGAGAGCACGGCGGUGGUCGCGGGCGUCGACGAGGACCUCGUCAUCGCGCACCUGUUCACGCUCGGCGAGGUCGCGCAGGCCAUCCCCGCGCGCGUCCCGCGACGCCUCCUCACCAUCGUCGAGAGCCUCAUCGCCGCGCCGACGAUCAGUGCGCCGCCGGGGGCGCCACCGUCGCAGGGGGACGCCGCGUCGUCCGAGGAGGAGGUGCCGCCGUCGCAAGACGCGUUCUCGCAGCUGUCACAGUUCCGCGGCGCGCGGAUGGGCUCGCGCGUGCGCGCGCACGCGUUCAUCACGCUCGGCAAGCUGUGCCUGCAGAACGAGGCGGCGGCGAAGCGGUGCGUCGCGGCGCUGGCGCGCGAGCUCGAGACGAGCGGCGACGCGGUCGUGCGCAACAACGUCGCGUUCGUGCUGUGCGACCUGUGCGUGCGCUACACGUCGGUCGGCGAGCGUCACAUCGCGAGCGUCGCCGCGUGCCUGCGCGACACGUCGCCGCUCGUGCGCCGGCAGACGCUGACGCUCGUCACCUCACUGCUGCAGGAGGACUACGUCAAGUGGAAGGGCACGCUGUUCUUCCGCUACGUGACGACGACGGUCGACGCUGACGCCGACAUCGCCUCGUUCGCACAAUUCUGCUUGGUGAAUCUGCUGCUGCCCAGGAAUCCACAGAUGUUCUUCAACCACUUUAUUGAGUGCAUCUUUCAUUUCAACUGCUACGAGAACCAUGCGGCGUACAACAAGUUCACGCAGUCGGAACGCGAAAAGUCUCGCUUCUCUCUGAAGGGAACGGGAAAUAAAAGCAUGCGCAUGCAGGUAUACAAGUUCUUACUCGAGCACAUGACAGACGACCAACGCUUCAAGCUGGUAGCUAAGCUCACGCAGGAGGUGCUGGGAGCGAUCGUUGACGGCACGAUGGUACUGGACGCGCACGCCGUGCCCCUGCUGCAGGACUCCCUCGCCAUCCUCUGCUGCAAGGAGAUUAAGUUGUCUCAGCUGCGAGGAUCGCAGAGUUCAGCCGAUGACAUGCAGGGCGAGCAGGACUUUACCGCUGUUGCCAUGGCGACGACAAAGAAGACGAUCAUCAGUCACGUGGUGAAGCGGAAUGUCAUUGAGAACAUCGUCCCCGUUGUGAUUGCUCUCAAACACAUGCUAGAGCAGCAACGCUCGCCUGUGGUGAAGGACCUAAUGAUGUAUCUUAAGGAACUUAUGAAGGACUAUAGGAGUGAAGUGAAAGACAUCAUGGCGGCUGACAAGCAGCUAGCAAAUGAGAUCGAGUUUGAUCUUCGUAAGUUUGAGCAGGAUCAGGAGGAGGAGAAGCGACAGCAGAGACGCCAAUCAUCCCAUCUGUCCGGUGGCGCCCCCCCACUCGCCGGUGGCCGUGCGCCGGGCACUCCGUCAGCUAGGGGUCCGUCGCGGCGAAUGUCGCGUGCUGACCAGCGGUCUCCUGCGCAGAGGUCAUCGCGGGGUGGCUCUCCCGCGGCCGCGCCGCUGGUCACGCAUGGCGACGACAGUGCGGCGGCGGCAGCGGCGGCAGCGCAUGACAUGCGGGAGGCUCGCGUCGUGCUGCGUGACAUCAACACACCUAGGAACCUAACGCAGGUUGCUCGAAAGGCGAUAGAUUCCGCACAGCGGUUCAGGGAGCAGCGAAGUACCCCUGGCAGACGCCAGAGCAUCGCACCCGACCGGGGCGCGAGCGGCGACACACCUGACACCAGGGGGCGCCUCGCGUCCGUGCCGACGUCCGGCAACGAGUCGUUGCUGCCACCUCGCACCCCGCAGCGGCUGAGCGGGAAGGGCAGCAGAGCUAUAAGCACGCCAUCACGUUACCAGGCGGCCAACAUCACGUUCAUGCCACACGACAUCAGCGCCAUCCCAACAACUCCGAUCUCCGUGAGAAAGGUGAGACCGAGAGGCUCACCACCAGAGGGCACCACCACGGAUAUGCUUUGCCUGCCUUUUUUGCCAGAUAAGCUGCAGCCUCCGCCGGCAGCGUGGAACGUCGAGCCACCACAUGGCAGCGCGAAAGUUAAUCUGAAGCUGACAGAGGCAGGCGGCGCGAGAGGGAGACAGCGGACGAGGAAUGCCCCUGGCGACGCGGAGGCUGCGGUCGUCACGGCGAUCAAGGUCGAGGCGCCCGACGAGAUGUCGGACGAGUCUGCGGCGGAUGUUGUCAUGGCGGAGAGAGAGGCGAUGAGCUGGAGCAGCAGACGAAGCAGCAGAGCGAAGCCUGCAGCAGCACCACAGCGACGCAGCAGCAGGAGCAAGAGGAACUGAGAUGAAGCCAUUUAUCAGUUUAUUCCUCCAUCAUUCCACAUCCAUGCGAUCGUCGUACGUGUUCUUAGAGUGUUUCUCCCACUUGUGUCCACAUAUUUAUUUCUUUAUGUCGGGCCAUAAUAAAAAUAUUGUUUGUUUGCCCUCACCCAACCGAUCCAGCCAAAAGGGGGCCGACUCAAACAUUUUUAUUGAUCAUUCCCAUUCUUUUUUUUUAUACAAAUUGUAUCACUGUACAUUAUUUAAAUCUGUAGGCAAUACAUUAUAUGUACUAAGCAAAAUAAACAUUCAACAUAAAAGGUAUCUCCACACAAGCACACC